UUUUUUUUUUGUUGUUUUUUUUGUUUCUUUUGCUUUGCAGGUCGACCCCUCCGUGCGGUGGUGGCAGUAAGUGUGAAGGGCUUGAGUGCUGCGCUCUAUCUAGUAGGUGGGCGCAUCGGUUAGCCGCUACCCGCCAGAGGGGCACGGCGCCGCCUUCUGCCUUUUCUUCACGUGGCGGCAACUGUUGGCUGCGGGAACAGUCCGGGUCCUUCCGGGUAGGUCUGGCCCGCAGGUCUCCGCAGAACUUAGAUACUAUAGAUUAUCAGUGGAAAACUUCCUGAAAGAAGAAAUUGUUGGAGAGAAAUUUGAAAGUGGCAAAAUGGGAGACAAAGAAUUGACAACAGAUGUAGAGGACAGCAUGGAAGUAAGUGCAGCAUGGAAGAAGAGAGGAGAGUAUUAAAACAAGUCUGAGUUCAGAAGAUUUUACUUCAUUCAUUUGUUUAACAAAUUUAUUCAGCAAAACUUUGUUGAAUACCUACCGUUGCUAGGUAUUGUCCUAGGCAACAGAACACAGCAGUGAACAAAACAGACAAAAAUCUCCUGCCCAUGUACAACUACAGCUGAUGAUGUCUUCCAGUUUCAAUAUAUAUAGAGUUGGCAUCUCUUUUGUCAUGAUGUGCAUUUUUUAUAAGUCAGCAGUAGACUCUCUAUCAGAACUGAGCCCUCAGAAAUACUUCAGUACAUUGCAACCGGGAAAAGCCUCCUUAGCUUAUUUUUGUCAAGCCGAUUCUCCAAGAACUUCCAUAUUUCUUGAAGAACUGAAUGAGGCUGUUAAACCUCUCCAGGACUUUGGAAUUUCAGUUGCAAAGGUUAAUUGUGUCAAAGAAGAAACAUCAAGAUACUGUGGAAAAGAAAAGGAUUUGAUGAAAGUGUAUUUAUUCAGGGGCAACAUCUUACUGAGAGAAUUCCCUACUGAUACCUUAUUUGACGUGAAUGCCAUCAUUGCUCAUGUUCUCUUUGCUCUUCUUUUUAAUGAAGUAAAAUAUAUUACCACCCUGGAAGACCUACAGAACAUAGAAAAUUCCCUGAAAGGAAAAGCAAACAUUGCAUUCUCAUAUGUAAGAGCCAUCGGAACACCAGAGCAUAGAGCGGUCAUGGAAGCUGCUUUUGUGUAUGGGACCACGUACCAGUUUGUCCUGACCACGGAAAUUGCCCUUUUGGAAAGUAUUGGCACUGAGGCCAUAGAAAAUGCACAUUUCUACUUUUUUCAUUGUAAACAAGUCUUGGAUUUGACCCAGCAAUGUAGAAGAACACUGAUGGAACAGCCACUGGCUACACUAAACAUUCAUCGAUUUAUUAAGACAAUGGAAGCACCUCUGCUGACUGAAGUUGCUGAAGACCCUCAACAGGUUUCAACCGUUCAUCUGCAACUAGGAUUACCACUGGUUUUUAUUGUUAGUCAGCAAGCGACACAUGAAGCUGACAGAAGAACUGCAGAAUGGGUUGCUUGGCGUCUUCUGGGGAAAGCGGGAGUUCUACUCUUGUUAAGGGACUCUUUGGAAGUGGACAUUCCUCAACAUGCUAAUGUGGUCUUCAGAAGAGCAGAAGAGGGAGCGCCAGUGGAAUUUUUGGUGUUACAUGAUACUGAAUUAAUAAUAUCCCGUGUGGAAGGUAAUACACACAUUGAAGAAAUGCAAGAAGAUGAAGAUGAGGAUGUGCAAAGUCCAGAUAUGGAUAUUCAAGAUGAUGAAGUGGCAGAAACUGUUUACAGACAUAGGAAGACACAGUUACCUUUGGAACUCACAGUGGAACUAACAGAAGAGACAUUUAAUGCGACAGUAGUGGCUUCUGAUAGCAUAGUGCUUUUCUACGCUGGUUGGCAGGCAGUAUCCAUGGCAUUUCUGCAAUCCUAUAUCGAUUUGGCAAUUAAAUUGAAAGGCACAUCCACUAUGCUGCUUACUAGAGUGAACUGUGCAGAUUGGUCUGAUUUAUGUACUAAGCAAAAUGUUACUGAAUUUCCAGUUGUAAAGAUGUACAAGGAAGGCAAGCACCCAGUAUCUUAUGCUGGUAUGUUAGGAGCUGAAGAUCUCCUAAAAUUUAUCCUGCUCAACAGGAUUUCAUGCCCAGUGAACAUAACAUCUGUGCAGGAAGCAGAAGAAUAUUUAAGUGGGGAAUUAUAUAAAGACCUGAUCCCCUACUCUAGUGUGUCUGUGCUGGGACUAUUUAGCCCAAACAUGACCACAGCAAAAGAAGAUUUCACCAAAGCGGGAAACUACCUAAGAGGAUGUGUUAUCACUGGAAUUUAUUCUGAAGAAGAUGUUUUGAUACUGUCAAAUAAAUAUGGGGCAACACUUCCAGCUCUGCUGCUGGCCAGACACAAAGAGGGCAAAGUAGAGAGCAUUCCAUUCGCUAACUCCCGUGUGCAAGACAUAGUUCAAAUAGUGACAAAUGCAUUACUGGAGACAUUUCCAGAAAUAACUGUGGAAAACCUUCCCGUUUAUUUAAGACUUCAGAAACCAUUACUUAUUUUAUUCAGUGAUGGCAGCAUAAAUCCUCAGUAUACAAAAGCAAUAUUGACGCUGGUAAAAGAGAAACACUUGGAUUCACUUACCCCUUGCUGGUUAAAUCUAAAGAAUACUCCUGCGGGAAGAGGAGUCCUACAGACAUACUUUAAUGCUCUGCCUCCCCUUCCUCUUAUUGUUGUGGUGAAUCUGCAUUCAGGUGGCCAGGUAUUUGCAUUUCCUUCAGAACAGGCAAUCACCGAACAAAACCUUUUACUGUGGCUUAAGAAGUUAGAAGCAGGACUUGAGAGUCCUAUCAUGGACAUGCCCCUCCAACAUGCCUUUGGCUGGAGCCUAUCCAAAGUGGUGCUACAAGCAUGGCAGUGUACCAGCAGCUGUGACAGGGACCAGCACCACUUCAAAGUGGUCCAGCUGGUCUUGGAGAGAGAAGAAGAUAACCACAAACACCAGUCCAAAUGCAGCCCCAGCAGUGGGCUGGGGGAAACCAGUUGGUCAUACUACAGGCCCCACCCACCAACAGAAGCUCCUCAGGGACAACACAGGGAAAGUGCCCUGUGCUACUGCAUCUCUGGCAAAUACCUGUUCUGGCUCAGCUGAAGCCCAAGGUGGCCCCAGACUGGCCCACUAACAACACAGGGAUUGCCCUGUCCACAGCAGGCAGAGUCAUUGCAGACAACUGCACUGAAGCAAAAGUGGCUCAACUACAAUAGUCAGGCACAACAACAACAUUCAUGAAGCACCAGGUUCUGGUGAACAGGGGACCCUGAAAUCCAGGGCACUACAGUACCUCUUCUUCACAAGGCCACUAUUUUCAAAAGCAGGAGACAUACCUGACUUUCCUAACACAAUGAAACAGAGUUCAAAAAAAUGAGACAGAAGAAUAUGUCCCAAAUGAAAGAACAGAACAAAAAUCACAGCAAGAGAGCUAAACAAAGUGGAAAUAAGUCAUAUGCCUCACAGAGAAUUUAAAGUAAUGGUCAUAAAGAUACUUGCUAGACUUGAGAAGAGUGGAGGACCUC